GCUGGAUGAGCCAUGGAGGCCCUCGCCCUUCUCCUCCUCCUCCCCUUACUGCUCGUCCCCCUGGCACUCCUGGCGAGGAGGCGCCGCUGCCGACGGACACCUCCCCUCAGGGUCCUGGUGGUGGCCGGCUCCGGUGGACACACAACAGAAAUCCUGAGGUUACUUAGCUGUUUGUCGGAGUCGUACUCUCCUAGACAUUACAUUUUUGCAGACUCAGAUAAGAUGAGUGAAGCUAAAAUACGUUCUUUUGAACAAAAAAGGGCUGAAACAUUCCCCAAUUCCCAGUUCACCCUCAAUCGCAUUCCCAGAAGCCGUGAGGUUAGACAAUCUUGGACCUCCUCGGUGGUAACAACCCUGUACUCCAUGCUUUACUCCCUUCCUUUGACCUACAAACUGAAACCAGAUUUGAUAUUGUGCAACGGACCAGGAACAUGUGUUCCUGUCUGUAUAUCUGCUCUUCUUCUUGGGCUUUUAGGAAUAAAGAGAGCAAUCAUUGUGUAUGUAGAGAGCAUCUGCCGCGUGGAAACUUUAUCCCUGUCUGGAAAGAUUCUUUACUACUUUUCAGAUUACUUCAUUGUUCAGUGGCCUGAUCUAAAGGAAAAAUAUCCCAAGUCGGUAUUUCUUGGUCGAAUAGUGUAACAGAAGACAGGCUUUACCUAAAAUAAACUCUGCAAGCUCCUCAAUGAAGAAAUGCAUUCAUGUAGCAAUUUAUUUUCAAGGGUUCCUGUUAAGAAAUCAGGCUGGUACUGGAAAGUGAGACAAUAAUAAAAAUAUCUCUAUAUUUAAGUACAUUUUUGUGUAGUUGUAUUUAUUGCCAUCAUGUAGGUCUGUUCACCGAUACCCCAUAACGGCCUUAAGUCUAUGCUGUCUCUGUUUUCAUCUCGUUUUCCUGCUAUGUGAAUAGCAAUUUUUGUCUACAAAUAAAUAUGGGAAUUUGUAUGAAUUGUAACAUUUCCUGUAAGGAAACUCUGUGUAGCUUUCUAAUACGUAAGAAACAAA